UUUUUUGUUGACAUUCUUGUGGGUUUUAAGGGGUCUUUCUUUUCUUGAAAAGGGGUUUGGAGUACAAAAGCCCUGUCUAAGUUGACUUUCUUGUUUGGUACGCUACACAUAGAAAGAUGCUCACUAUGGUAACUAGAUUAAAAGGAGGCAAGCAUGUUAAUUGGUGUUGCAUGUGUAUGCAUAACGAGGAAUCUGUGUCUCAUCUUGUCAUCCAGGGCAAGGUAGUGUGGGAGUUGUAGUCUUUGAUCCUUGUUAUGUUUGGUGUACCUUGGGGGUUCUCUGGGAAGGUGGGGUAGCUUCUUUAUUCUUGGAGGGUGCUCAUGUGGGGAGGAGGAGGAAGCCUUGGUAUUUGGUCCUAUUGGUGUUAAUGUGGAUAGUUUGGGGCAAGAACAAUAGUACUUUUGUUGGCAAAAAAGAUUCUAUUUUGAGAAUUAAGAGUCAAUUAUUAUAAUUUUUGUAUAGUUGGUUUUUUGGGGAUGGUUAAUCUGUCUUUGAACCAAGUUUUGGAUUUUGUAGAGGCCUAUGAAUGGGAUUUUGAUGUAUAGAUGUUAUAGAUAUUUUUUGUGUACAUGUAGGCUACUGCCUCCUUUUGAAUAUAAUUUUGUACUCAUCAAAAAAAGAAUUGGCACAAUGACAAAGAAAGAGGGAAUAUAAAUAAAGGACCGCAUUGAAGCUUCACCCUUGGAAAUACUUCCAUAUUUACCUGAUGUGCCAGUUCAGGACCUGGGAAGUCUGGCAUUAUGGCAUGACUCUAAUGUCUUGGUUAGGAAGGUUUUCUCAAAAUGUCACUCUAUCACAUCAUUAUACUUCCUUUUUUUUUACCUGAAGGGAAAAAAAGAGAAAACUCAGAAAAAGUUUAACAGAGUAGAAAAAAGAAUUUAAGAAAUGGUUUUCAAAUUUAGGGAAGGCAAAAACAUAUUACACUGUAUUUGAAUGUCUUGUAAUAUACUUGUGGUGGAAGAUACAUGGAAGGCUUUUCUCGACUCCAUUUGAAAUGUCAUGUCCACCAUGUUCCCUGGCGACAAGUAAUUAUGAUCAUCUCCAUCAGCUCCAGUUUCUUUGCUUGUCAACUAUCUGUUAAUGUGACUUGUGGCACUAGUUAUGAACAAUUUUAUUGGUGGCUAAUUACUAAUUAACAAUUGUAGACACAAAUGAAGGACCUUGGGGCGCAAUCCAAUGCUACAGAUGAAGAAAUUAUCACACAGGUUCUAGGGCCUGAGCGACCUGGUCGUGUUCGAACAUAUGGAUUGGGUCCUUCCCCGACAGAUGUCUUUGGAGGCGGAUAUAGGCAAUCGCAAGAACAAACUCGUAUCAUCCAAACGCAAGUCCAAGAGCAACUUAACCAAUAUAAAACACAAAUGGAGAUACAAAUAAAGGAGAUGAUGGAUGCUAUGCUUAAUCAACAGAAAGUACAAAUGGAGAUGCAAAGCACAAUCCAAGCUCAACAAGCCCGAAUAGAGCAAUUGGAGUCUCAACAGGCCAUGGGUGGGCCUGUUGCACCAGCUGCUACACAUGUGCAUUCACAACAACAAUCCCAUGCAUACACCUCAUCAUUUAAUUGUCAUCGUUCGUCCGAGGAAGUUCACAUAUCAAAGAAAGAAAAGAAGAAGAAGAAGAAGUAGAUAUGACAAACUCAGGUUCAUUCUAAACCAUUAUA